CUCUUCCCCCCAUAACCAAGAACUCAAGAAAGCCAGCGAUCGAAGCGGGCGAGUGAAAGAGAGAAGAGGGCGAUCGAAACCCUAACCCCCGAUUUCUUCUUGUCGAGAUCCUCGCUCUCUUCUUGUCGAGAUCUCAAGCUCUCGAAACCCUAACUCUAAUGGCGAUCGAUGCUUCUACCGAGCUCCCGGCGGUCGAUCCCCAGGUCUGGCGAGCCUGCGCUGGCCCCGCCGCCAAGCUCCCUGUCGUGAGAUCCGCUGUCUGCUACUUCCCCCAGGGCCACGCCGAGCAGGCCUCCUCCCCGCCCGACUUCCCCGCCGGGGGCGGCCGGCGCCCUUCGUUCUUCCUCUGCCGAGCGGCCGCCAUCGGUUUCCACGCCGACCCCGACACCGACGAGGUCUUCGCUCGCAUCUUCCUCGACCCCCGCCCGCCACCGCCGCUGCCUCUCUCGCCGGAGCCGCCGUCCUCCUCGGUGGAGGAGCCGGACGAUGGUGAGGCAGCGGCGUUCGCCAAGGUUCUGACGCCGAGCGACGCGAACAAUGGCGGGGGUUUCUCGGUGCCGAGGUUCUGCGCGGACUCGAUAUUUCCACCGCUGGACAUGGCGGCGGAGCCGCCGGUCCAGAACGUGACGAUCCGCGACAUUCAUGGGAAGGUGUGGACAUUCCGGCAUAUCUACCGGGGGACACCUCGCCGGCACUUGCUGACCACCGGGUGGAGCAAGUUCGUCAACGCCAAGAAGCUUGUCGCCGGGGACUCGGUGGUCUUCAUCAAGAACAGGCAUGGCCUUCUCUACGUGGGAAUCCGGCGAGCUUCGCGGUCCUGUGCCGGUGGACCGCACGACUACUUCCGCUACGCCCCCCAGGCUGCUGCUCCUCCUGCGGCGGCGGCGCCGGACUGCAGGUCUGGCAGGUCUGAGAUGAAUAUGGGCACUGGAAAGGGAUUUUCGAGGAAUGCCAGGGGGAGGAUUCCGGCGGAGGCGGUGCUGGAGGCGGUGAGGUUGGCGGAGAUGGGCCGCCCAUUUGAGGUGGUGCACUACCCGAGGGCCUCGGCGGCGGACUUUGUGGUUGGGGUGGAGAAGGUGAAUGCGGCCUUGAGGGUUCCUUGGACUGCCGGGAUGAGAGUCAGGAUGUCAGUAGAGACAGAGGGAUUGUCCAGGACAACGGUGUUCCGUGGAACGGUGUCCGGCACCACUGUCCAGGACCAAGCUCAGUGGCCCCUUUCUCCAUGGCGGAUGCUUCAGGUCACCUGGGAUGAGGCAGAGGUUUCACAACACAUUCAAAGUGUCAAUCCUUGGCAAGUGGAGCUAGAUUCUGCCACUCCUCAGAUGCAAACCCCAAACUCUGACCCAAAGAAACCAAGGCUGUUACAGUAUCCCAAUUUACUUAUGGAUGCAGAGGAACGAAUGUUCUUUCCGAUGACAGGGAUGACUAAUAAAAUGAUGGCGAAUGUAGCACCAUCACUGUUCAGCUACAAUAUGUUUCCUGCUGGCAUGCAGGGAGCCAGGCAUAAUUCGAUCAGUGUAACCAAAUUACCCAGUUUUGCCCCGAGUAAUACUGAUAACUUGCACUUUGAUAAUCAGUGUAGCAAUGGCAUGCACCAGAAAACAGCUGAGGUCCCUAAAGAAUUAAAUGUUGCGAGUAUGCCACAAUCGGAGAGCUCAUCGCCUCCCAGCCAAGGUAGCAUCCAUUUCCAGCACAUGGAGCUUCCUGCGACUGCAGUUUGCAAUCCAAAUAAGGAGAAUAUUAGGCCUCCUUUUCAGUUGUUUGGUCGGAUCAUCCACAUAGAUGAGUCCUCUGAUGCUGAUGCUGAUGCUGAUGCUGAUAAAGGACACCAAGAGACUACGUAUCGAAGAGUUUCGGCUGUGGAAGGAUGCUUUCCAUAAAGUAGAAGAUGUCUGCAUUUGCAACAUGAAUCUUGUACAGAUGUAUUUGAUGAAGAAAGCUUGAAGAUUUAACUUUAGCAUCUGACUCUUGCAGCAGUACUAUUUUGACUCAAGUCACAGGACUGAUUAGUGACAUUUUAACUCCUACCUUGUCUCCUUUAUGUAGUAAUAUUGAAAACUGACAACUUUUUGAACCAUCCAUUCCCGCUAGUAACCAGCCACUCGACAAUUUUCAGCUCUCUUGAAGGUUUGGAGUGGCACCUGGUAUAUUUUUUGUUGUUUCUUUUUUCUUGCUAACGAUCUUUCUCUAAAGUGAUACAAUGUCGUUGCAGUUUCAUGGAUUUUCAGUAGAUCAUUUGUUUUU